ACUGGGUCAUUUUAUCCAGCUCUUUUUUUUAAAAAAAAGAAGAAAAAUUGGGGAGGAGAGAAAACAAAAAAAACAUGUUUUAAAUGUUGUGGAAGUGAACGGAUGCCCUACCGCAGGAAAUUAAUCCAACAUUUUUGGUGCAUUUAAAUAUGAUUAUUUGUUGCCUGAGUUUCAUACUUCUAGCAACUUUUUCUGCAGGGCCCAGCCAUGGAGAAGCCGAGACCAGAGAGUGCGCUUACUACAAUGCAAACUGGGAGCUCGAGAAGACCAACAAGAGCGGUGUGGAGCAGUGCGAGGGCGAGAAGGACAAGCGCCUUCAUUGCUACGCCUCCUGGCGGAAUAACUCCGGCUCCAUCGAACUGGUCAAGAAAGGAUGCUGGUUGGAUGAUUUUAACUGUUACGACAGAGCGGAGUGUGUAGCCACAGAAGAGAACCCUCAGGUAUUUUUUUGCUGCUGCGAGGGGAACUACUGUAACGACAGGUUUUUCCACUUCCCAGAGUCUGUGCCAGAAGUCGUGUUUGAGCCACCGCCUCCAACUCCUUCGCUGCUGAACAUUCUGGUGUACGCCCUGCUUCCCAUCACUGGCCUGUCCAUGAUCAUCCUGCUGGCCUUUUGGAUGUACCGCCAUCGUAAGCCUCCAUACGGACACGUGGACAUGAAUGAGGACACGAGUCUGCCAUCUCCGUCACCACUGGAAGGCCUGAAGCCUCUCCAGUUACUUGAGAUCAAAGCCAGAGGGCGGUUUGGCUGCGUCUGGAAGGCUCGGCUGAUGAACGACUACGUGGCUGUAAAAAUCUUCCCUGUUCAGGACAAGCUAUCCUGGCAGAAUGAACGGGAUAUUUACACCACUCCUGGGAUGAAACAUGAGAAUGUGCUCCGCUACAUUGGCUCUGAAAAACGUGGAUCGAAUCUCGAGAUGGAACUCUGGCUCAUCUCCUCCUUUCAUGAACGGGGCUCGUUGUCUGACUAUCUGAAGGGGAACGUGAUCAGCUGGAAUGAACUCGGUCACAUCGCUGAGACGAUGUCAUGCGGAUUAGCCUUCCUUCAUGAAGACAUUCCCCGGUGUAAAGGAGAAGGGCCAAAGCCUGCGAUCGCCCACAGGGAUUUUAAAAGCAAGAACGUACUACUGAAGACCGACCUGUCGGCGUGCAUAGCUGACUUUGGACUGGCCGUCAGGUUCGAACCUGGGAAACCACCUGGAGACACGCACGGCCAGGUUGGGACACGAAGAUACAUGGCCCCUGAGGUCCUGGAGGGGGCAAUUAACUUCCAGCGUGAUGCCUUCCUCAGGAUAGACAUGUAUGCCAUGGGACUGGUGCUGUGGGAGCUGAUUAUGAGGUGUACCGCAGCUGACGGGCCUGUUGAUGAGUACAUUUUGCCAUUUGAAGAAGAGAUUGGCCAACAUCCGACACUGGAGGAUCUGCAAGAUGUGGUCGUCCACAAAAAGCUAAGGCCUGUCCUGAAAGAAUGCUGGUAUAAGCAUCCGGGUUUGGCGCUGUUUUGUGAGACGAUCGAAGAAUGCUGGGACCAUGAUGCUGAGGCCCGUCUCUCAGCUGGCUGCGUCGUAGAGCGCAUCUCGCAGACCCGCAGACUAAUCAAUGGCACUACCUCAGACUGCCUGGUGACAAUGGUAACGGCUGUCACGAACGUGGACCUGCCACCCAAAGAGUCCAGCAUCUGAGUGUCAUUUUGGAGCGAGAGAGAAGAAAAAAAAUUAGAGGAAAGAGGAAAAACAAACAAACGGAAAAAAAAAAUCUGUCUUUUCCCAGACUCGGUGGGAUUCGAACCACCGAAGCAACACAGCUGCUAUUUUAACCUGACUUUUUUUUUUGUUCUUUUGGAUUCGGAACAAUUUACCAGCACAUUACUCUACUGUAAUUAAUGGGACAUCUCAGCAUAAAAGCAUUCAGGUGCUGACCAGUGAAUGCAGCAAAAACAAACAGGUGCAGGUACCUCAGACUCGAGUCCAUUUUAGCCGUGUGAGUUUCUUUUCUCCGCUCAUUUUGUGGCUUUCCUGUCUUCUCGACAGCAUGUUUGUGACCUGCAAAAAAAAAACACACACAAAGCGGGGGAAAAAGAUGCUGCAAUUAUAGGAGGAAACUUUUAGACUGUUACACGCGAUUUACCUUCCUCAAGGGAUCUACAUUUUGACAGUGAGUGCUUAAAUGGUAAACAUGUCUUUCACGGAUUGAACGGGUGUCACAGUUAUACACGCACACGCACACACACACAUACUCUUGCACACAUGCACACACACGCAGGGAGACGUUGUGGUGAUCUCUUCAAUGGGUGGUUAUAUGAUGGGAAGAG